CAUUACUCAACCAUCACCAGUUAUUGUCCAUCUUCUCUGCAACCAUUCUUAGUUUACACCUUAUUUUUCACUUCUUCAAAAUUUUCAAAAAAUCAAUAGAAAAAUGCAUUUCGUUUUUUGUCUUUUACACUCACAAAACCACGUGAAACAUUAUUCUACACUUUCUCUCUCCUCCAUUUUUGUUCUUCAUUCUUUCAAUUUGAAGCUUUAAGCUUUAUUCAAACUCCAUUGAUUUUACUUCCAUUACUAUCACCGUUACCGUUACUAUCAAGUUUUCCAUUUCAUACUAGUUGUUGAAGAUUGAAGAAGAUAGUAUUGAGGUUGGGAGCUGCAAAACGGUGUCGUAUAAUUGAUGUCGUCUAGUGCACGGAGUAGUUCACCGUUUAGUUACCGGAGAACUUCGAGCUCAUACUCAUCUUCUUCUUCUACGUCGUCGUUUUUGAACACUAGUGGCCGUUUUAUUUCCUGGUCUGAUAGCUCUUCUUCAUCUUUUCACGGUUCGACCGGUGGUAAAUCUAUGAUGUUGAACCAUAGCUAUGGAAGUCGGUCACCUGUCGGUUUUUCACCGUCAGAUGACCUUCUUGCUGAGCCAUUUGAUUGUCCUAGAUCCACUGCUGGUAGUGAUAGUAUAUCCGUCACAGUCCGAUUUCGUCCCAUGAGUGAGAGGGAAUUUGAAAGAGGAGAUGAGAUUGCUUGGUAUCCAGAUGGUGAUCAGAUUGUACGGAGCGAGUUUAGUCCAGCCACUGCCUAUGCAUUUGAUACGGUUUUUGGACCGAAUUCGAAUACGGAUGAAGUUUAUGAUAUUGCAGCUCGGCCUGUUGUUAAAGCCGCAAUGGAGGGUAUUAAUGGUACAGUGUUUGCUUAUGGUGUUACCAGCAGUGGAAAGACUCAUACAAUGCAUGGUGAUCAAAGCUGUCCUGGUAUCAUACCCCUGGCAAUUAAAGAUGUCUUCAGCAUUAUACAAGAAACACCUGGGCGAGAGUUCUUGCUUCGUGUGUCUUAUCUUGAGAUCUAUAAUGAGGUCAUAAAUGACUUGCUGGAUCCUACAGGUCAGAAUCUGCGUGUCAGAGAAGAUGCCCAGGGAACUUAUGUUGAAGGAAUGAAAGAAGAGGUUGUUCUGUCUCCUGGGCAUGCACUGUCUUUUAUUGCUGCUGGGGAAGAGCAUCGUCAUGUUGGUUCAAACAAUUUUAACCUAUUCAGCAGUAGAAGCCACACCAUAUUUUCACUGAUGAUAGAGAGUAGUGCCCACGGAGAUGAAUAUGAUGGAGUGAUAUUCUCCCAGCUGAAUCUGAUUGACUUAGCUGGAUCUGAGAGCUCUAAAACUGAAACAACAGGAUUAAGAAGAAAGGAAGGAUCAUAUAUCAAUAAAAGUCUUUUGACUCUUGGAACUGUCAUUGGAAAACUCAGUGAGGGGAAGGCAUCUCAUAUUCCAUACAGAGAUUCCAAGCUUACUCGUCUGCUACAGUAUUCGCUUAGCGGCCGUGGACAUGUUUCACUUAUAUGCACUGUCACUCCAGCAUCUAGUAGUAUGGAAGAAACUCACAACACUCUGAAAUUCGCUAGUCGGGCCAAGUGUGUGGAGACCUUUGCUUCUCGUAAUAUGAUCAUUGAUGAGAAGUCCUUGAUUAAAAAAUAUCAGCGAGAAAUUUCAACCCUCAAACAAGAACUUGAUCAGUUGCGUAGAGGAAUGCUUGUUGGAGUUAGUCACGAGGAGAUUUUGACUUUAAAACAAAAGUUGGAAGAAGGGCAAGUCAAAAUGCAAUCAAGGUUAGAGGAGGAGGAAGAAGAAAAGGCUGCUCUUAUGAGUAGAAUACAGAGGUUGACUAAACUGAUUCUUGUUUCUUCCAAAAAAAGUAUUCCUGCAUAUUUGGGUGAAGCUGUUGGCCACCAGAGGAGUCAUUCUGACUAUAAAUCAGAGCUUGGGAAUUGUGAGAAUAUUAAGGAUUCUCUAUUUGCCCUAUCAGACCCUUCUGCUGAUUACAAACACAAAAGUUUUUCCAGCAAAUGUAAUGAUGAACUUUCUGUAGCUGGCAGCUUACUCAUGGAUCCUAACCAAGUUGGUGAACUCGUCAGUGGUUCAACUUUGAUAAUUGAUGACAUAACUCCAUCUGAUGAAAUGGACCUUCUCAUGGAACAAGUGAAAAUGCUUGCUGGUGAAAUUGCUUUCAGUACAAGCACCCUUAAGCGCUUAGUUGAGCAGUCUGCAAAUGAUCCAGAUGCCUUCCAAAGUCAAAUCCAUAAUUUGGAAUGUGAAAUCCAAGAAAAGAGGAAGCAGAUGAGGCUUCUUGAACAGCGCAUUAUUCAGUGCGGUGAGGCUUCAGUGGCUAGUGCAUCGUUGCUUGAUAUGCAUCAGACCGUUACAAGAUUAAAGACCGAGUGUAGCCAAAAGGAAUUUGAGUUGGAGAUAAAUGCAGCGGACAAUCGAAUUCUUCGAGAACAACUUCAAAAUAAGUGUGUUGAGUAUAAAGAACUACAGGAGCUAAUGAUUUCCCUGGAGAAGCAGCUGGCUUUGACAGGCAGUGAGCUAUCAUUGACUUGUGGACAGGACACAAAUGAUGAGUAUACUGAGGAAUUAAAAAAGAAAGUUCAAACACAGGAGAUAGAAAAUGAAAAACUGAAGCUGGAACAUGUUCAGUUACUUGAAGAAAAUAGUGGUUUGUGUGUUCAGAAUCAAAAACUAUCUGAGGAAGCUUCUUAUGCAAAGGAAUUAGCUUCUGCUGCUGCCGUUGAGUUGAAAAAUUUGGCUGCUGAAGUAACCAAACUCUCUCUGCAAAAUGCAAAACUGGAAAAGGAAUUGCAGGCUGCUCGUGAACUUAGUCACUCUAGAGGCUCUCAAAUUGCCAACAGUGGCAGUCGAAAAUACGAUGAUAGAAUGAAGGCCGGAAGAAAAGGCCGAUACUCUAGUCGGGUUGAUGAUAUUUCAGGAGGUUUCUGUGAUGGAUUUGACUCGUAUAAUUUGGACCCAGAAGAUCUCAAGAUGGAACUCCAAGCACGGAAGCAGAGGAAGGCAGCUCUUGAAGCUGCAUUGGCUGAAAAAGAAUUUGUAGAAGAGGAAUUUCGGAAAAUGAUUGAAGAGGCGAAAAGACGGGAAACAGCCCUUGAAAAUGACUUAGCAAAUAUGUGGGUACUUGUUGCAAAGCUAAAAAAGGAAGUAGCAUCUGUUCCCGAAUCUUUAAGUGUUGAAAAGCUAGGUAAUGAAGAUAUUAUAAAUGGACAAAAAACUACUGACGUCGAUAAAAAUAACAUCAAGGAUAUUCAAUCUUUGGAGAUCAGCGAAGCUUCACCAGAUGCUCCUAGUGAAGAGCCUUUGGUUACUCAGUUAAAAGCACGGAUGCAAGAAAUGAAGGAGAAAGAGAAGUGUAUGGGCAAUGGAGAAACAAAUUCGCAUCUUUGUAAAGUUUGUUACGAGACACCUACCACUGCAAUUCUUCUUCCUUGCAGACAUUUUUGCUUGUGUAAACCUUGUUCAUUGGCAUGUUCAGAGUGCCCAAUCUGCCGAACAAAUAUAUCAGAUAGAAUUUUCGCAUUCGCUUCUUGACAAUCCAUGUUAUGCCCUUAAAUUUGGAGGUGGUAGAUUAGCAUAUAUCAAUCAACUGGGGGUUUUGAAUUAUUUUUUUACAUAUUGCUGAUUUUCAGAGCCUUGGCUGGUACAAAUUCUUUGAUUAGUUGGCCUGUACGUAAUUCCCCAGUGGAGAUGGAUCCAGCAGCUUCAGGCCCUCGCGACUCUAGUGUGCUGACGAUGCAGUCGAAUCACAAGAGCAGUGUACUAUGGGAUGUCCAGGUGUCUGACACAGAGACCAUAUACACCAGACAUCCUGACUCUGCUUCGUGGCAGAUUGACGCACGAAUCAUUCCCUUCAUUCAGUGAGUGAGGUUGUACAACUUCCACCUCAUCGCUUAUGGGAGAGUGGAUUGGGCUUUAGUCACGGCUUUAGUCGAGCGGUGGCGCCAAGAGAGACAUACCUUCCACCUACCUCUAGGUGAAGCUACUAUCACUCUAUUUGACGUAGCUGUGCUUACACGGCUUCCCAUCAAGGGACAUGUCGUCUGUACUUGAUAGUUGGCGAGAUAUAGUUCAUAGGGUCUUAGGAGUCCGACCUCUCCCAGAGGUAUCCAAAGGGAGAGGGUUGCGCGUAACAUGGCUUGUGCAGAACUUCUCGCACCUCCCUGAAGGUGCUGAUGAGGCUACCAUUGAGAGAUAUGCUAAGGCGUAUCUAGGCAUGGCCACGGUCCGGUUCCGGUUCCAAACGGUUCAUGAGGCGGUUCCGGCGGUUCCAACUCACGGGACGGGCGGGUCGGACCAUCGGUUCCAUUUUUAUUUUUUCUUUAAAUAUUUGUAUAAUAAAAAAAUACUAUAAUAUCGCGGACGUAUCUUUGAUGAUUACUUGAUUAUUAGCGAAAUUCAUUGCAUGUCAAGUUGUCAUCGUUAUUGAAAUAUUUACUAAAAAGAAUGGAAAAAAAAUAAAUUAAUAAGAAACGAAUCAAUGAUAAUGUCGAUAAAGAUGAUUAAUAAAAAAAGAGGGAGAAAUUGGACUUGAACCUAGUACCCAAAUGAAUACUAAGCUGCCUACGUAUCCCGAAGGAAUCAAAGCCCACGUAGUUCUUUGUCAUACCUUUUAUUUAUAGUUGUUGAAUGUUGAUUUAUCGUUGUCGCUUGUCGGAUUGAUCCUAUUCGUCUUCGUCAUCAUCAUGUGGUUGGUUAAAUGCUUCCGCUGACUCUCCUCCUGACGAUGAUGCAGAUGUAUCCAUCAUCAUUCAUGGAUCAUCAUCGUCGUCUUGAUCAUCAUCAUUCCUUAGUCCUUGUGUUCGAAUCUCCUCUUGAUCCCAAUCUUUCUUGCAAACACAUAUUUGAAUACUAUGUGGAGCAAGACGAGAUCGCUUUUCGUCCAAAACUCUUCUACCUGCACUAAAAGCAGACUCCGACGCAAUUGUUGACGCGGGAAUUGCAAGGAUAUCCUUUGCAAUUCUCGAUAAAAUGGGAAAUUUUACAGAUUUUUCUUUCCACCACUCCAAAAUAUUAUAAAUACUUUGGUCUAUUUCAAAGUGGUGUUUAAGAUAACUAUCUUGUUCUAAAUAUGAGGUCGAGGAAGAAGAAGAUGAUCCUACAAAACUAUCAUCUUGACUCAUUAUGUUAGCUAUUACCGAAUUAUAGUAAGAGGGACGUGCCGAAACGCUAGCACGCCUAGACAUAUCGCGUUUCGGGUUAUAUACACUAACGUAAAAAUCAUAGAGUUCUGCUAAAUAUUUUUUACAUGUUUCUACAUAAUUAUGUACAUCAGUAGACGGGCGAUCUAAUGAUUGGUAAUAAAAUCUUAUUACUUUAGUAAGGACCUUAGUUUUAAAACGUGGGUCCAAAAUGGUUUGAAUGGUCAAAGGGGAAGUCGCUGUUAGUAACAGCGAUCAAAUAGUUUGACUUUUGUGUAUGAUUUAAUUUAGCCGUUGUAAUAUGGUUUAACUUAACGAAUGAACUAUGUAAUUUGAUAUGAAUUCGUUGAACAUGAAUGAAAUUGUGUUGAAUUUUCGAGAGCAUUUUCCCUAUUUAAAUAUGAUUGUCUGUUUGAUUUUGAUUUAAUUCAUACUUAAUUCUUGACGGAAUGAUUCAUCGCCGAAAACUCCGAGUAAUUAACAUCAUUUCUUUCAUAAUAAACAUGUGAUAAUACGAUAAACAUAUAUAUUACAAAAUAUACACAACAGUUCACAUGUUACAAAUAUUUAAUAAACAUGACCACAUAGUCUCUUGUACAGAUAACCUAGGGCUGCGGAACCCCAGUUGUUGCCGGAAAUGACCUCCCAUUGCGCAUCAAGUACAAAAGCUGUACCCUAUUGUCAGUCUUGUCGGAGAACAAGACAACACUAAUUAGAUAUAAGAGAUACGCCUAGGCAUGGCCACGGGGCGGGUUACCCGGAACCGAACCGGUCCCGAACCGCUUGGAACCGGAUCCGGAACCGGAACCGUUUGCGACAGGUUCCGAACCGCCCCGAACUGCGAAACCGUGAAACCGCCGGAAAAAAAGUUGCCGGAACCGUGAAACCGCCAGAAAAAACCGUUGUGAACGGGGUAAAAAACCCGCGGUUUGGAACCGGAACCGGUCCGGGAAAACCGGUCCAACGGUUCCAUGGAACCGGUUCUGGAACCAAAACCGUUCCGGUUGAACCGGCUCAACGGUUCCGUGGAACCGGAACCGGGACCGGUCCGGUUGAACCGGUUCGCCAAAAUAUGACCGUUUGUUACCGUUAACUAGCCGUUGCAUUCUCCUCUAUAUAUACUCAUCACUUUCAAUCAUUUUCAUUCACAACUCAUCUCUUCUCCUACUCUCUCUACUUACUCUCUCUACUUAAUUCUUUAAUUACGCAAUUAUUCUCUUAAUUACAUAAUCAGUCUUUUAAUUAUUUCUUAAUUUAGUUAGUUACAUAAUUAAUUAUUUAUUUAUUUUUUAAUUCUAUAUUUCUAUUAUUACUUCAAUAUUAUCAAUCAUGUCUUCAUUUUUGAAAAAAGCCACAAAAAAAGUUACUAAAGUGGCAAAAUCAUUGGGAGGUUCCAGUUCCUCCAAAAGAAAGGCCACUUCUACUCCGUCGGUAUCAACAACACCUUCCAUUAGUAAUUAUAAUUAUGAACAUAAUUAUUCGGAAGGGUACGACCCAGAGUUACAUAAUUAUGCAGAAGAAGUGGAAAGAGAAAUACAAAUUGAUGAAGAAGAAGAACAAGAAGAGGAACCAACGACCCAAAUUGGGAUACAUAUAUCUCGACAGUCAUCAAUUAUGUGACCAAUACCAACUUAAAAAAGUGUAUUGGUCAUUAGAUACUCCUACACGUUGGGGCUCAACCAACGAUUUAUUAAGAAAGGCGAUUGCUUAUCGUCCAGUAAUAACACAACUAUAUAGUGAGUGUACAGAUAGUUUCAUAGCUGAUGACACUUGGGAAUUAGCUAUAGGUGUACAUAACAUAUUAGAAGCGUAUGACCACGCGACUAAGAUUUUUUCUUAUGUUUAUGAACCGAACGUUCACUUAGUAAUAAGUGAAUGUAUUACUAUUUUUUAUCAUCUCCUUAAAUAUACACAUGAAGAUACUAACCCAAAAUUGAGGCCGAUUCUUGCAGAUAUGAUGGAAAAAUGGAAGACAUAUUUUACCGAUUUUCUUUAUAUUUAUGGAAUCGCAACCAUUUUGGACCCACGUUUUAAAACUGAGGUCCUUACUAAAGUAAUAGGAUUUUAUUACCAAUCGUUAGAUCGCCCGUCUACUGAUGUACAUAAUUAUGUAGGAACAUGUAAAAAAUAUUUAGCAGAACUCUAUGAUUUUUACGCUAGUGUAUAUAACCCGAAACGCGAUAUGUCUAGGCGUGCUAGCGUUUCGGCACGUCCUUCUUACUAUAAUUCGGUAAUAGCUAACAUAAUUAGUCAAGAUGAUAGUUUUGUAGGAUCAUCUUCUUCUUCCUCGACCUCAUAUUUAGAACAAGAUAGUUAUCUUAAACACCACUUUGAAAUAGACCAAAGUAUUUAUAAUAUUUUGGAGUGGUGGAAAGAAAAAUCUGUAAAAUUUCCCAUUUUAUAUUUUAUCGAGAAUUGCAAAGGAUAUCCUUGCAAUUCCCGCGUCAACAAUUGCGUCGGAGUCUGCUUUUAGUGCAGGUAGAAGAGUUUUGGACGAAAAGCGAUCUCGUCUUGCUCCACAUAGUAUUCAAAUAUGUGUUUGCAAGAAAGAUUGGGAUCAAGAGGAGAUUCGAACACAAGGACUAAGGAAUGAUGAUGAUCAAGACGACGAUGAUGAUCCAUGAAUGAUGAUGGAUACAUCUGCAUCAUCGUCAGGAGGAGAGUCAGCAGAAGCAUUUAACCAACCACAUGAUGAUGACGAAGACGAAUAGGAUCAAUCCGACAAGCGACAACGAUAAAUCAACAUUCAACAACUAUAAAUAAAAGGUAUGACAAAGAACUACGUGGGCUUUGAUUCCUUCGGGAUACGUAGGCAGCUUAGUAUUCAUUUGGGUACUAGGUUCAAGUCCAAUUUCUCCCUCUUUUUUUAUUAAUCAUCUUUAUCGACAUUAUCAUUGAUUCGUUUCUUAUUAAUUUAUUUUUUUUCCAUUCUUUUUAGUAAAUAUUUCAAUAACGAUGACAACUUGACAUGCAAUGAAUUUCGCUAAUAAUCAAGUAAUCAUCAAAGGUACGUCCGCGAUAUUAUAGUAUUUUUUUAUUAUACAAAUAUUUAAAGAAAAAAUAAAAAUGGAACCGAUGGUCCGACCCGCCCGUCCCGUGAGUUGGAACCGCCGGAACCGCCUCAUGAACCGCCAAGGAACUAUUUGGAACCGCCCGAAACCGAAACCGUUCGCGACAGGUUCCAUAUGGAACCGGGUGGAACCGGAACGGAACCGGACCAACCCGGACCGUGGCCAUGCCUAGUUGUUGAUAACAUCAACGUCAAUUCAGGCCACGAUGGUGGAAUUCAAGGCCGUCAAUUCCUAAGACCUACAAAUAGUAGUGUUGAGUGUUUUUAUUAGUGCGGUCACUUUUAUUUUAAUUUCAUUUAUUUUAUUAAAUAAUUAUUUUAAGAUCAUUUCCAGUCCCUCCUUUUCAAUAUUAUUUUCUAUUUAUUUCAGUUACUAUUGUGAGAGAUAGUCUUUCGAUGAGACGACUUCAAAACAAAGAGUCCAUGCUAAUAAUUAUAUUAGUUGCGCUUUUUAGCCCAUGUAUUGGGAAGUGAAAAGCUUCUCACAAUGAGACCGUCUCACACAAGAAUUUGUGUUUACUUUUUUGUAUUUGUCCAGAUAAUAUUCCAACUGUUGAUAUCUAAUUGUGUAUAAUUAAAAGUUAUAAAAAGUUAAUAUUAAUAAUACUACUUGUAUUAAGAUGAAUCAAACAAGAUUUCACUUG